AUGGCUGUCAGAGCACAGUUCGAAAACUCCAACGAGGUGGGCGUCUUCGCCAAUCUCACAAACUCAUACUGCCUCGUCGCCAUUGGCGCCUCCGAGAACUUCUACUCCAUCUUCGAAUCCGAACUUGCAGACCUAAUACCCAUCGCGAGAUGUACCAUUGCUGGUACGCGGAUCGUCGGCCGCUUGACGUCCGGAAACAAGAACGGUCUGCUGGUUCCGACUUCAACGACGGAUCAAGAGCUACUACACCUGAGAAACACGCUGCCGGACGGAGUCAAGGUCGAGAGGAUUGAGGAGCGAUUAUCCGCGCUGGGGAAUGUGGUUUGUUCGAACGACCAUGUCGCUCUAGUCCACCCGGACCUCGAACGCGAAACCGAAGAGAUCAUCGCAGACACCCUCGGCGUCGAGGUAUUCCGCCAAACCAUCGCAGGCAAUGUCCUGACCGGCUCGUACAUGGCCCUCUCAAACGCCGGUGGCAUCGUGCACCCCAAGACGUCUGUCCAAGACCAAGACGAAUUGUCCUCCUUAUUACAAGUGCCUCUCGUGGCUGGGAGUGUCAACCGCGGGAGUCCUGUCGUGGGCGCCGGCAUGGUCGUGAAUGACUGGCUUGCCGUGACGGGCAUGGACACCACGGCGACCGAGCUGAGUGUCAUCGAGAGCGUCUUUAGGCUCGGGGAGGGCGGUCCAGGUGGCCUGGAUGCCAAGAUGAAUGCCAACAAGGAGAGUAUCGUCGAGAGUUUCUACUGA